AUGACGCUAAGAAACCGUGUCUUCGAGGCGGUGGCCGUAACCGGGUCUGCGCUAAAAAUCGCCCAAGAAACGGCUCGCGUGGUGCAAAAAGACGCGGUUUCAGCCUGGAAUCGCUCUUUUCUCCAGAGCCAGCUUGCCCGCUGUGACGAAAGCUCGCCCAUGUGGACGCAGCUCCACGUCAAGUCCCACGAAGCUCGCGAGACGUCUUCGAAAACGCCAAAGAGCCAGCACAAAAAGACCUCGGCCCGCUCCAAAAGACACUUUUCGACAUGGGCCGUGGCCCGCCAGCAGAAAACCAACGGGCCAGAAACUGCCAUCAAGCCUCGGGUUGUCGGCACUGCAGCAAAGCCAGCCGUCACUUUGUCGCAGAGCGAGGUCCCAGCUACAAGAUUGGCUCGUAUUUUCCACUACGGCACCUUGGCCGCUGGAGUUGGGCUCAGUGCCGCUUCGCAGGGACUCAAGCACUAUGCGUCGGGCUCGAAAAACAUCCUGGUCAAGUCGUUGCUCUUGAGCCCGGCCAACAUCGAGCGCAUGGCGAAGAAAUUCUCCAAAAUGCGUGGUGCGGCUUUGAAAGUGGGCCAGAUGUUGUCCUUCCAGGACCAGUCCAUAUUGCCCGUCGAGAUCCAGCAGAUUUUGCUUCGCGUGCAGAACCUGGCCCAUUACAUGCCUCCGGGCCAGUUGCACCGUGUUUUGACCCGUGAAUUGGGCGCCGACUGGCGCAAAAAGUACUUUGCUUCCUUCACAGACAUUCCUUUCGCUGCCGCUUCGAUCGGACAAGUGCAUGACGCCGUCACAGAAGACUUGACGCCCGUGGUGGUCAAGGUGCAAUACCCAGGCGUGGUGGACUCCAUCGACCUGGACUUGAAUAACCUCUUGCUCCUCUUGACUGCGUCUUCCAUGUUGCCAGCAGGCUUGUUUUUGGACAAGACCAUCGCCAAUGCGCGGGUCGAGUUGAAGUGGGAGUGUGACUACAUCCGCGAGGCACAGAACUUGAUUCGGUUCCGGGACUUGUUGAAAGAUGACCCUGUGUUCACUGUUCCGCGUGUUCUCCACCAAAUGUGCGGCGAACACGUUCUUACGAUGGAAAAAAUGGAGGGAACUGAGAUCGUCAAGGGCAACUGGGACCAGGAAACGAAAAACUGGAUAGCCACCCAUAUCAUGCGCCUCUGUUUGACCGAGCUCAAGAAGUUCCGCUUCAUGCAAACCGACCCCAACUGGGCUAACUUCUUGUACAACGAGCGCACACACAAGAUCGAAUUGCUCGACUUUGGUGCCGCUCGCGACUUUAGCGACGCAUUUGUUGAGGAUUACUGUGCUGUUUUGCGUGGUUCCGUCAACAGAGACAGGAAAGUUGUUGAAGAGUACUCGCGCAAAUUGGGCUACUUGACCGGGUUGGAAAGCCCCCAAAUGACAAAAGCGCACGUCGACUCGGUGAUGGUUUUGGGCGAAGCUUUCUGCCCGCAGCCGGAUGGAGCGCCUUUUGAUUUUGGACAACAGACAAUCACCGACCGAGUGCGUGAGAACAUUGGUCUCAUGUUGAACGAGCGCUUGGCACCGCCACCGGAAGAGACGUACUCAUUGCAUCGGAAAUUGAGCGGUGUGUACUUGUUGUGUGCCAAGUUGAAGGCAAAGGUGCCAUGUGCACAGCUUUUCGAAGAGAUUAUGGGCCAUUGA